CUAUAAUUGACACAUGCCAAAACAGUGUCCUGCGUUUUGUAUACAUUGUUAUGUAUAUUUUAUGUAUGGGUUCUAAGGGUAUGAUAAAUAUUUGGCAAAAAAAUGGAAAUCUAUUACUCAGAUUCUCUCUAAGUAAUAUUGACGCGAGUGCUUCAAGUAGUUUUUUACUUCUGUGUGCAAUGCGUACGUGUCUUUACGUCAGCACUCCAGACUGAAAUUAACCAUCUACCUAUUUGACAGUUACUAGUAAAUAUUAUUUAUAACCUAUAAUGUAAUAAUUUAAUUACAAUAAUUGAAGAUUUUGUUGAAGAUACCUAAUGAAAAUAAAUAAACUAGACUACCUAACUAUCUUUAUGUUAAUGUAGUUAUUUUACAUGCAUUUAAGUGUAACAUUUGUUUAAGUUGAAAACAUGAAGCACAGGAUUUUAGAACUGUAUAGUGGUAUAGGAGGCAUGCAUUGUGCAUGGAAUGAUUUGUGUAUUUUCAGAAACAAAUAUGCCAGGUGAAAUAGUUGCUGCCGUGGAUAUUAACACAGUUGCGAAUGAUGUUUACAAAUAUAAUUUCCCAGAUACAAAUUUAUUGAAUCGCAACAUUCAAGCACUUUCACCGAAGGAGAUACAAAAAUUAUCUGUAAACACAAUAUUGAUGUCUCCACCAUGUCAACCUUUUACACGAAACGGAAAGUAUUUAGACGAAAAUGACUCAAGGACUGAUUCUUUUUUAUAUCUAAUUAGUAUUUUAGACCAAUUAGAAACAAUUGAAUAUAUUCUUAUGGAGAAUGUUAAAGGAUUUGAGUGUUCCACAGUUAGAAACAUAUUUAUGGAAAAGUUAAAAGAGUGUGGAUUUGUUUAUCAAGAGUUCUUACUGUGUCCAUCAACUGUAGGAGUGCCUAAUUCCAGACUGAGGUACUAUUGCAUAGCUACAAAAAAUAAAAAUUGGAGUUAUAAAACAAAACCUGAAAUUAUGAGAGCUCUCCCAAAAACAUAUGCUACACCAUACAGUUUAGACUUGAUUAUUGAAAAAAAUAUUGAAGACAAAUAUUUGGUACCGGACAAGAUGUUAAGGAAAGCUAAUUUAUUUGACAUGUGUUAUAAAGACUCAAGAAGAUCUUGUUGUGUUACAAAAGCCUAUUCACAUUAUGUGGAAGGCACUGGCUCUAUGUACACUGAUGCUACACCAGAAUACUUAGAAUUAUGUUUUAAAAGAGCAAAUAGUUUUGAAGUUGGUAGUGAGGAGUUUGUCAAUGCCUUAAAAGAGUUAAAAAUAAGAUUCUUCACACCUAGAGAAGUAUUGAAACUCAUGUCAUUUCCUAAAACUUACACAUUUCCAGAGAAAAUAUCACGAAAACAAUGUUACAGGUUACUAGGGAACAGUGUCAAUGUUAAAGUCAUUAGUGAACUGCUAUUAAUAUUGUUUCAACAAUAAAAGAUUAGUUCUGACUAAUAAUUCCAAAUAUAUUUUGCUAAAUAUUAUAUUUUAUUAAAUUACAGUAUUUGAAAGUUUGGAAUAUGGGUAAAAAUAAUACUUUUUUUAAUCAUACCUUUUUUUACAAGUAUGCCACUAGCUUUUAUCACAAAGCAGUCAACUUAUUUCAAUAAAAACUUGUAAUCAAAUUUACAGUCUACUAUUCCUUAGUAAUAUAUUUUAUACAUGUAUUGAAUAUUGAAAAUUAUAUGGAUCCGUUACUAAGCA